GAGUUGGCAGGACGAUGGAAUCUAAGCUGGCUUCUUUGGGAAUUAAAACCUGUGGAGAUCUGCAGUGUGCUUCAAUGUCAAAACUACAGAAAGAAUUUGGUCCUAAAACAGGACAAAUGCUCUACAGAUUCUGUCGUGGUUUGGAUGAUCGACCUGUUCGUACAGAAAAAGAAAGAAAAUCUGUUUCAGCAGAAAUCAACUAUGGAAUAAGGUUUACACAGCCUAAGGAAGCAGAAGCUUUCCUUCUGAGCCUCUCAGAAGAAAUCCAGCGUAGACUGGAAGCUGCUGGUAUGAAGGGUAAACGAUUGACCCUUAAAAUCAUGGUCAGAAAGGCUGGAGCACCAGUGGAGCCUGCAAAAUACGGAGGUCAUGGAAUCUGUGAUAACAUUGCCAGAACUGUGACUCUAGACCAUGCAACAGACAGUGCAAAAGUAAUUGGGAAGGAGACUCUGAACAUGUUUCACACAAUGAAACUGAACAUAUCAGAUAUGCGAGGGGUUGGAAUCCAGGUACAGCAGUUAGUUCCCAUCAGUAAAACCACUUCAGCACACUCAGCAGUUCAGUCUGGACAUUUACCUGGUGGAUCACAUUCAGUUAUUGACCUUUUUCAUGUUCAGAAAGCAAAAAAGAACUCAGAAGAGGAGCACAAGGAAGUAUUUGUGGCUGCUAUGGACCUUGAAAUAUCUUCUAACUCAAGAACUUGCACUUUCCUUCCACCUCGUGGUACUCACCUCACACCUGGUCUCAGUUCUAAUGCCAACACCACCGAGUCUGCUGUCAAAUGCAAUGGUGUGCAUUCUCCUGUCAGUGUCAAAUCCAGGCUCAAUCUCAGUAUUGAGGUUCCCUCUCCUUCCCAGCUAGAUAAGUCUGUGCUGGAAGCUUUGCCACCUGAUCUCCGAGAGCAAGUGGAGCAAGUGUGCACCAUUCAGCAAGGAGAGAGCUGUGGGGAGAGCAAAAAAGAGCCAAUAAAUGGAUGUAACACUGCACUUCUGUCACAGCCAGUGGGAACUGUGCUCUUACAAAUACCAGAGCUCCAAGAACCAAACACCAAUAUGGGAAUCAAUGUGAUAGCCUUGCCAGCUUUCUCACAGGUGGACCCUGAGGUUUUUGCUGCACUACCUGCUGAGCUGCAAGCAGAGCUGAGAGAUGCCUAUGAUCAACGGCAGAAGCAGUCAGAGCAACAACCUGCAAACACUUUGGUGUCAAAAAACCCUUUCCUACACCUGAAGCCUACAACCAUGAAAAAUAAGAAAAAGAUACGGAAAAAAAAUCCAGUCAGUCCUGCAAAAAAGAUUCAGAGUCCUUUGAAAAACAAACUGAUUGGCAGCCCUGCAAAAAUCCUGCCAGCUGCAUCUGGAAGCCCACAGAAGCUGAUAGAUGGCUUUUUGAAACAAGAAGGGACAGCUGCUCAGCCAGAAGCAGUUCCAUCCACUUCGGACUCCUCAGGCCCCUCAGCCCUGCAGACUGAGCAGCAGACAGGUUUGUUCAGGCCCCAGGCACCCAACCUGGCUGGAGCUGUCGAGUUCAACGACGUCAAGACGUUGCUGAAGGAAUGGAUCACCACCAUUUCAGGUACAGGGUGACAUGCUGCU